CAACGUCAGGAAAGAGGAAGACGCACACAGCAGCUGUUGUACCUUCAUUUGUGUCAAGGUGUUCUCUGUGUGAGCGACUCCUCUCCUGUCUGUCUGUCUGUCCGUCCAUGUCCGCCGUGUACUAACCUGCUCUGUGCGGUGUAAUUCUGCUGUUUCACCGGACCCCAGUGCUGUGGAAUGAGUUUUAUUAAGAACUGGAGACGAAGCGUGAAGAAAGAUGACAGCAAAAAGGAUGCCGAGCAGGCACAAGACAUACCUGACAGCCCUGACCUCCCGAGCCGGCUGUCAGUCAUAAACAGUCCAGAACUGGAUCCAAUCAUCACAGACUUCAGGUUACAGCUACCAGGAAACAAAGAUGAUUUGGAAUCCACAAAUCCAUCAAAUGGGUGUUCGCGGUCAGACCUGUCACUGGCUCUGGAGGACUGCAUGGCUGCCCUGGAUCUGUUCCUCAGGAACCACUUUGAGGAGGCGCAGGCCCGGCUCAGGUGCAGAACCAAAGACAGCAUGUACCACGCUCUGACUUACGCCACCAUCCUAGAGAUGCAGGCCAUGAUGACCUUUGAACCCCAACACAUCCUGGCUGCAGGAAACACCAUGAAGGAGGCCCAGGCCAUCUGUCAGCGGCAACGCAAGAAGUCAAGCUUCUCCAAAGGCUUCACAGAAGAGGAACUCCACGCUGAAGUUUGCUAUGCCGAGUGUUUACUGCAGAGGGCAGCACUCACCUUUCUACAGGAUGAAAACAUGAUCAGUUUCAUCAAAGGUGGAAUCAAAGUGAGGAACAGCUACCAGACAUACAAAGAGCUUCACACAGUCCUCCAGUCAUCUGGAUACACUCAUGGUGACAACCAUGGCCAUUUUGAGGGUGGUGUUAAACUGGGAGUAGGAGCCUUUAAUCUAAUGAUUUCCAUGUUGCCCACGCGGACGCUCAAGCUGCUGGAGUUUGUCGGUUUCUCUGGGAAUAAGGAGUUUGGUCUUCAGCAGCUUCAGGAUGGCUCUGCAGAAAGCACAUUCAGGUCCUUUCUAUGUAACAUGCUGCUGCUCUGCUACCACACCUUCAUGAGUUUCAUAUUAGGCACUGGAGAAGGAGAUGUUGCAGAUGCAGAGAAAUUGCUGCAGCCAUAUCUCAAAAAGUAUCCCAAGGGAUCCAUCUUCUUGUUCUUCGCUGGUCGAAUUGAGGAGAUCAAAGGCAACCUGGAUGCUGCUAUCACACGUUUUGAGGAGUGUUGUGAGGCUCAGCAGGAGUGGAAACAGUUCCACCACAUGUGUUACUGGGAGCUGAUGUGGUGCUUCACAUACAAGAGGAACUGGAAGAUGGCCUACUUUUACGCUGACCUGCUCAGCAAGGAGAACUCCUGGUCCAAGGCUACCUAUGCUUAUAUGAAAGCAGCCUACCUCAGCAUGCUGACACCGGAUGAUUGCCUAACCUUUGGGGAAACUGCGCUCUCUCUGUUCAGGCAGGUGCCAGGGCUGAAGCAGAAAAUAGCGGGAAAAUCUUUACCAACAGAGAAGUUCGCUAUCCGGAAAGCACGACGCUACAUUGCAGAAAACCCCAUUCCUCUUCCCGCUCCUCCACUGGAGAUGAUGUACAUCUGGAACGGCUAUACAGUCAUUGGCAAACACAAAGACCUGACUGAAGCCAUGCUGAAAACACUGCAUGAGGCCCAGGCAAAACUCGAGAGCAGCCCAAGAAAUGAGUUCUCCAUAGAUGAUCAGUGUCUCCUGAGCCUCUUGAAGGGACUGUGUCUCAAACACCUGGGGCACCAGGAGGAGGCCGAACACUACUUUACCCUUGUCCUCUGCAAUGAGACUCAGAUCAAGUAUGACCACUACCUGGUUCCUAAUGCCCUGCUGGAGCAUGGCUUGCUGUGUCUCGAGCAAGGCAGAAAAGAUGAAGCUAUCAAACUCCUAGAAACAGCUAAGCAAAAUUACAAAAACUACUCGAUGGAAUCACGGACACACUUCCGCAUUCAGGCUGCUUUGCACAAGGCCAAGGGCACGGGGGAAAAUGGCACCCAUGUUCCCUCCAGCCCAUAACAAACAGAGGAGGGCACACUAGAGCUGAGACAGAGCUGUUUCUACAGUCCUACAAUGCAACACUCAGCCCACUCCAGCCCCCCCAGGCUGAUAAUUGUUUUGUUGUUUCAUCACAAGGCUAGGGGAAGAGGGAUGCUUUUUUUCUUAUGUGUGUCAUCUUGCAGGCGACUGCAGCUCUAUGUGGCUCUGACUGUGUCAGACAGGUUGCAACUCCCUCUUCCAGAAUUACACUAUGAUGAACUUCACUUCCUUGUGUGAUUUGAAAUAGACAAGUUGAGAAAUGUGCCUAUAUUUAUAAAACAUCGCUUCUAGCAGGCUUGUUUGUCUAGCACUGUGGCCACCCAUUAGGGGCGCACUAGGGUAGAAAACAAGGUCACAUUUGUGAAGUAUAUACUACAGAUUACCUCCAUUACUACCCAAGGUAAAAAUGUGCCUCAUUUCGGGCUAGUAGGGUUAGAUCUGAUGGAGCCAGAGUACCAAACAGCCCCCAUCUAAUUACUGACACUAACCCCUUCUGGCCAAUAACACCAUUUGACCUGGUUACCACAAAGCUCUUCCACUUUUUUUUUUAUGUAAAUGAGCGGUUAUUGAUAAAAGUAGAUGGGGGAUGUGUUAACAUAGUUUGACAUCAGGAUUAUAUCAUACAACUCACCACGUAGUCCACAAAAACUAUGAGACUGUUUUGUACUGUGUCAUUUGAUACAUGUUGGUUGACAGGUUUCACCCAUAUUUUGAUUUUUGAAAACCAAACCCCAAUAUGACCUAAUCAGAUAUAUAAAUUCUUUAUAUGUUGGAUUCGCUUUUACACUAUAAACGUCUGGUUCAUUGUGUUUCUCAGAGUGAGUAAAUGUUUUAUUGUUUAUUUUAAAUUUUCUUCCUUUCCUUGAAACCUAGUGAAACAUUGAAAAGGACACACUUAUUCAUGUGGAAUACUUUCUUUCAGUCUACUUCUGAAGAAAUGUUCAAAUCUGCAACCCUGUUGUAUUAACAAUUACAAGUAAUGGCUUUUGCACAGAGCUAUGUAUGUCAGCCAGCCAAGCAAACUCUCCAGAGUCAAAAAAUCAGAGUUGCAGUGCGAGUUGUUCUUUACAUGUAUAUACUGUAAAUGGCACCUUUUACACAAAUUGUCCCGUUUUAAGAGGACAGAUGAAUGUGUCUUUUAGAAAGGCAGGCUCCCUCCUUUUCUCCUCCUGGUGUGUGGGAAAGACUCCAACAGUACUUGAGCUUGAACAAACAGGCCAUUCACUCCGAGCAGCGAAGGACUGCGCGCUUGUCCGCCUGUUGCAUCUUUAGUGAGUGAAGAAGCUAUGAACGGGAACCACCACAGUCUUCCUGCUUUGUGAACUGCUCUCAUAUCAGCCAUGCUUGACUAGAACCAUCUGUAGUGGGGCUUGAACAUCAUAACUAUGAUCCUGUGUCAAAUAAUAAUCUAUAUGAACAAGUGCUUGUAAUGAUUGAAAUGAGAAGACAGAAACGGGUCACCUCUAAUUGUGUUGGUGGUGAGGUUAUUUCAAGGGCUGUGUCACAGCAACAGAGUGUCCAAAACCAAGAAACUCAGAUGGUGUCUCAAGUGUUGGAAUUAGAGCACUGCUGAUUUAUUCAUGAUUAGAGUAAGGUUUGGGAUUCAAGAUGAUGCUAGGAGUCAAUUUCAGUGUUUUUAAUGGUGAAGGAAAUGUACUUUAAAUAUUGUUUUAACAGCAGUCGCUCUCUGGAAUAUUCCAGUAACGAAUCAUAUUUUAUUUUCUAAUAAUGAAUUUAGCUUAUUUUACUUAUUUUUUUUCCUUUUGGGUUUUUCUGAUACAUCUGAAAGAAACUCUUACCAAAUUUAGCGGCAUUCUGAUGUUUACAAUCAGCAUAUUUUAUUGGGCACGGCUACCACUCAGCAAAAUGACAUUCCUGUAUAUACUGAAUGUUUCUAUUGUAAUUUAAGAUGAAAUGAUGAUACGCAACUAAAAAAAAAAA